AUGAUACAAAUGUCGGAACUCUUAGAAGUAGGACCAUGGGAUAUUGUGUUGCUAGCCAUAUUAGGUUACCUAGUGUACAGAUUUUUUUUCAAAAAGCAAGCGGAGGUUGAGUUUCCAAAGGCUGCUCCACGUUUACCUCCUUUGGACAUGAAAGACAUGACUUUGGAGGAGCUUCGUCAGUUUGAUGGUGUUAAGGAUGAACGAGUAUUGUUGGCUGUUUGUGGUAAUGUAAGUUUUUUGAUUUUUUGUUUGUUUUUAGGUUAGAAAUGAAUCAAAUGUGUUUAGUUAUCUUGUGGUAGACCUUGAUGCCUAAAAUAAGAUAAUUCAGGGUUUAUUGGUGAAGCUUUGUGUUUCACUGUUAAUUUAUAGUUAGAACUCUGUAUGCUUGUUUUUUUGCGAAGUUGUAGCUUUUUAAUUUAAUUUUCCUUUGAGUUAUAUCAAUACUAAGUUAGUCAUACAUUUAAUCUUGGUUAAUAUCCGAAUUCUUGGUUUUUUGGUUAAAUAUUAAAAAAUUGAUUUAAGAAUGUUAUAAAGCAUUAAGUUUUACUUUUUUUUUAUGUCAAUUUUUAUCUAAUUUCAUUAAGUUAUCAUCACAAUAUCAUAAAAGUUCUACACCUUAAUCAAGUAUACCUACAUUAAUAUAAAAAAACUAAGCUUUUCGAUUCCAGAUCUACGAUGUAACCCGCGGCAAGGACUUUUACGGUCCAGGUGGUGCUUAUGAGAAUCUUGCUGGUCAUGAUGCGACUAGAGCACUUGCCACUUUUGAUGCCAAGGCCGUCAAGGAGGAGUAUGACGAUUGGGCUGACCUAACUCAAGAUGAUCUCAAUGAUGCCAAGGAAUGGGACCAAAAACUCAGAGGUAAGUGAGGUUUUUGGGUAUGAAAUGGUUUUUUGGAAGAUUUUUAUGCCUAAAAUAUUUCGUAUUUUAAAAUUUUGACUUAAAAUACUAAAUUUCAGUGAAGUACGACUUUAUUGGCAAACUUCUGAAGCCAGGUGAAAGCCCUUCUGAUUAUGAAGGCCAGAAAGCCACAGUACGUAUGAGUUUCUAA